UCCAUGCUGAGAGAUGUUGGUGUUGCAGGCGCUGCUGCAAUCAGCAUCACUGGACAUUUCCUCAUUCCCUUCCUGUGCAGAUUUUGAAGAUGGAAAUACGGAGCAGGCACAGUCAAGGAGGUCACUGUAUGGACUGUAUCCUUACAAGUCCAGCAUGCUUGGCAUGGAGAACCUAGGCGAUCCAUCAGGUAACUGGGAUAUAGUGGAGACCAUUGGUAAAGGAACGUAUGGCAAAGUCUACAGAGUGACCAACAAGAAGGAUGGGAGUCAGGCGGCAGUGAAAGUGCUGGACCCGAUCAAUGAUGUGGAUGAGGAGAUUGAGGCUGAAUACAACAUCUUGAGGUCCCUCUCCAACCACCCUAAUGUGGUGAAGUUUUACGGCAUGUUCUACAAGUCAGACAAGUUAUCAGGUGGACAACUUUGGCUGGUACUUGAGCUGUGCAACGGCGGCUCUGUCACAGAACUCAUCAAAGGGCUGCUCAUCCGAGGCCAGCGUCUGCAGGAGCCCGUUAUCGCAUACAUCUUAUACAGUGCCCUCCUGGGUCUUCAGCAUUUGCACAACAACCAGAUUAUCCAUCGUGACGUCAAAGGCAACAACAUCCUCCUGACAGCUGAGGGAGGAGUCAAACUGGUUGACUUUGGUGUUUCGGCUCAACUGACCAGUGCCCGGCUGAGGAGGAACACAUCAGUCGGGACUCCGUUUUGGAUGGCUCCUGAGGUCAUAGCCUGUGAACAGCAGUACGACUACUCAUACGACGCCCGCUGCGAUGUGUGGUCGCUCGGCAUCACAGCCAUCGAGCUGGCAGACGGAGAUCCCCCGCUGGCUGAGAUGCAUCCAGUUAAAGCCCUCUUCAAGAUCCCACGAAAUCCCUCCCCUACGUUAAGAAAUCCAGAGCAAUGGUGCAGAAGUUUUAACCAUUUCAUCGGCCAGUGUCUGAUAAAGGAUUUUGAGGCACGUCCAUCUGUGACCCACCUCCUGGAGCAUCCCUUCAUCAAGCAGGUACAUGACAAAGAUGUGGCACUCCAACAGCAGCUGGCUGCUCUCAUCCAGGAGCAGCAGGAAGCCGGCUGCAAAACCAAAACCAAGCACGAGCGGAUCAAUACCCGUAAAACCCUCAUUAUACAGAGCUGUCCCGAUGAUGAUCUGGUAAACCUGGAGUUCUUGGAUGAGGAGAUAAUAAUCAACCAUCUCCAGAAGAGGUAUGAUGAGCUGCAGGUGUACACUUACGUUGGCGACAUCCUCAUCGCUCUCAAUCCUUUCCAGAAUCUCAGCAUCUACUCUCCCCAGUUCUCUAAGCUGUACCACGCUGUGAAGCGGGUUGACAACCCUCCACACAUCUUUGCUACUGCAGAUGCAGCCUACAGAGGCAUGGUGACGUUCUGCAAAGACCAGUGUAUUAUAAUCAGUGGGGAGAGCGGUGCAGGGAAAACAGAGAGCGCCCAUUUGAUUGUUCAACAUCUUACCUUCUUGGGAAAGGCUAACAAUCGGACGCUGCGUGAGAAGAUCCUGCAGGUGAACCCCCUCGUAGAGGCCUUUGGAAAUGCCUGCACAGCUAUCAAUGACAACUCCAGCCGCUUCGGCAAAUACCUGGAGAUGAAGUUCACACUCACCGGAGCGGUCAUCGGGGCCAAGAUAUCGGAGUACCUGCUGGAGAAGUCGAGGGUCAUCAAACAGGCUACGGGGGAGAAAAACUUCCACAUAUUUUAUUACAUAUACGCUGGGCUUUACCACGAAGACAAGCUGAAGACUUACAGGCUACCAGACAGGACACCUCCCAGGUAUAUCGACAGCCAGCACCGCAAAGUGAUGCAAGACAUUGUCUCCAGCAAACUGUACAAGGAGCAGUUUGACGCGAUUCAGGAGGGUUUCCGAAAUAUUGGUUUUACUGAAGAGGAAGUGACCUCUGUUUACAGAAUUCUCUCAGCCAUUUUGAACACCGGCAAUAUUGAAUUUGCUGCCAUCACAUCCCAACACCAAACUGAUAAGAGUGAAGUGCCUAACUCAGAGGCCUUAGAGAACGCCGCGUCUCUCCUCAGCAUCGGCCCUGAGGAACUCCAGGAGGCUCUGACCUCCCAGUGUGUGGUCACCAGGGGCGAGACCAUCAUCCGCACCAACACCGUGGACAAAGCCACCGACGUCCGAGACGCCAUGUCCAAGGCCUUGUACGGACGCCUUUUCAGCUGGAUAGUCAAUCGUAUCAACUCCCUGCUGCAGCCUGACAUGAAUAUCUGUGCCGCAGAGAGCGGCAUGAAUGUGGGAAUCCUGGACAUCUUUGGAUUUGAAAACUUCAAGAAGAACUCGUUUGAACAACUGUGCAUCAAUAUCGCAAACGAACAGAUCCAGUUUUACUUCAACCAGCACAUAUUUGCCCUGGAACAGAUGGAAUACCAGAGUGAGGGGGUGGAUGCCAGCCUGGUGGAGUACGAGGACAACAGGCCCAUCCUGGACAUGUUCCUGCAGAAGCCAAUGGGCCUGCUGUCCCUGAUGGAUGAGGAGAGCCGUUUCCCUCAGGCCACUGACCAGACCUUAGUGGAUAAAUUUGAGGACAAUUUGCGCUGCAAAUACUUCUGGAUACCAAAGCGUGUGGAGCUUUGUUUUGGGAUUCAGCAUUACGCAGGAAAGGUAAUGUACAACGUAGAUGGGUUUCUGGAGAAGAACAGAGACACCCUUCCUGCAGACAUCGUUGUGGUUCUGAGAACAUCGGAGAACAAACUUUUGCAGCAGCUGUUCUCCAGCCCUUUAACUAAAACAGGAAAUCUGGCGACGUCCAGAGCCCGGGUCACUGCUGCCUCCAGAUCUCUGCCACCGCAGCUCAGUUCAGGACGCGCCAAGUCUCCCAAAUACCUAUUGAAGGUGGACACCAUGGAGAUGAUGCGUCACCCUGAGGAGACCACCAACAUGAGGAGACAGACUGUAGCCUCCUAUUUCCGUUAUUCCCUGAUGGACUUGCUGUCUAAGAUGGUGGUGGGUCAGCCACACUUUGUGCGCUGCAUCAAACCCAACGAUGAUAGGCAGGCACUGCGCUUCUGCAAGGAGAGGGUGAUGUUGCAGCUGCGCUACACAGGAAUCCUGGAGACCGUGAACAUCCGCCGGCAAGGCUACUCCCACCGCAUCCUGUUUGAAGAGUUUGUCAACAGAUAUUACUACCUUGCAUUUCGGGCUCACCAGAUGCCCGAGACCAGCAAAGAGAACGCUGUUGCCAUACUGGAGCGGGCCAAACUGAAGGACUGGGUGCUGGGAACAACAAAGGUUUUUCUGAGGUACUACCAUGUGGAGCAGCUGAACCUGCUGCUGAGGGAGGUGAUAGCUCGAGUGGUGGUGAUCCAAGCUUACACCAAAGGAUGGCUGGGCGCCCGACGUUACCGGAAAGUGAAGGAGAAGAGAAACCGCGGGGCAAUCAUCAUCCAGUCAGCCUGGAGGGGCUACGUUGCUCGGCAGAACCUCAAGCAGAUAAAAAAGGAGCGGGAAGAGGCCGCUGUCCGCAUUCAGUCAGCUUACAGGGGCCAUCGGGUGCGUCGGGACCACGGACCCCAGAGGCACAGAUGUCACCCUGAGGCUGGAGGAAAGACCACCAAGGAGGAGCAUACAGGGUCCAACAGCCUAACGAGCAAAGAGGCACAUACAGAUCACAUACAUGGAGGAAAUGUUGGCCUCGACAGCCGAGACAGACAAGUGAAAGACAUCAAGAGAGACAAAGGCAGAGCAGAAGACAGUGUAACGAAGCCUUGCAGGGAGACAGCUAGACUGCGAGACAUGCAGUGUAAACAAGGUCCAGUGAUGAAGCUGCAGCAGAGAACUCCUCGCCGGCGGGGCCAGCAGCCCAAGCUGCUAAACAGCCCCGAAGACAGCCUGUACUACAACCAGCUAAAUAGAACUCUGGAUUACCAGGGGAGCAAGAGGAAGCCGAGAAAACUUGGUCAAAUCAAAGUGCUGGAUGGAGAAGAUGAGUACUACAAAUUACUGUCAACUGUGGAGUCAAUCCCCGAGGAAGAGUACGCGACCGCCCCCCCUCCCACCCUUUCUAGUGGGCCUCUCGUCAGUCAGAGCUGAGCCUUACAACCAUGUCAACCGGUAAGACAGACGCACUAGACAUGUAGACAGACACUCCAAAGAACAUCCUCGGUGUUGGAUGUGCUGUGGUAUGUGGAGCAAGUAGCAGCAGUGCAGAACAAGCGACCUGUACAGGCGAUGCUCUCAGCUCUUAAUCCAAAGUGUUUACAAGGACGUCUUACUCAUCAGUGAUAUUAUUAUUACAACAGUUUUCUGUAAGCAUUGUGCUAUUUUCUGUGUAGCUAGCCACCACGUUUUCUCCAUUUCAGCUGAGGUUUCAUCGCCAUAAUGCUUGAUUAUAGAAGAGGGGCUCCACAUAUCUUCCACACUGACUUGUACUUGCUGCUAAUGUGGCAAACAUUUGUAAUAUUAUGGCGUUUGUCAUUUUUCCAGAGGUCCUAAAGCCUGCACUAAAUAAAGACGUUAUUAUUCAGCUUACAAACCGAUGUGAAAUGGUACAGAUGUUGCAUCAAUAAAUAAAUUAAUGCUACUCUGGGAGGGGAGGUUUCAUAAAUAAAAAACAAUUUGCAAAGUCACAAUGAAACACUUAAAUGCUGAGCAUCCAUUAAUGUUAUUAGAUGUUUAAGCUCUAUGCCAGGGCUGAAAUAAACCUUUAUUCUUAUUGUCCAUGUAUCUACUAUUUAUUUUAUUCUCCCAGAAAUGUUAAAAAUAAUGACCAAUGCCUGAGACAAAAGAAAAAUCUUCAAAUUGUUUUGUCAGAAAUUCCAUAAUAUUCCAUUUAUUAUGAUGUAAACUGAAGAGAAGCAAUCAAAUACUUGGAUUUUUAAAGCUUUAACCAGCUGGCGUUUGGUGUUUUAUCUCAAUAUAUGACAACAACAACAGUUAGUUUCUUAAAAUUAAAUUGAUUAUUAAUUAUUUUCUGUCAAUUGACUUAUCUAUUAUUGUUUCAGCAUCACUCCACUGUUACUCUAAGGAGCUCCUCAUCUUGCAGUCAGCCUGUUUCUAAACUCAGUGGUGUUAACCUGACUUGAAAACAUCUAACUAUUUUUGAGCACUAUGUCUAUUGUCUAAGACAGAUCCAGAGACAAAUCCCUCUGAAAGCCAAAACUCUCCCUACGAGUUCUCCCACAGCGAGCUGCCUGUAGUUAGAGGGGCUUUGUGCUGUCUGAGUGCUGGAAUCACCACACAUAGCCUCACAGAGGCAGAGCUAGACCUCACUUUGAAUUUCACCCUAAAUACAGGAAUUUUCUUUUAAGAUGUGAAGUGUCGGAAAUGCAGGGCUGGCGAGUUGAUUUGUGGAGCUUUUUUUUUUCCUUUUCAAUUUGCAUAUCAUUUACUGCAUCUCCCUUUGUUGACACCCGAGGGCCUGAGAGGAGAUUUUGAUCUUAAUAGGAAGAGUAGGGUGGUAUGACUGAGGAUCUCAUCCUUCUUAUACUCAGCAGGGAAAACAUUAGAGCUCUGCCUAGAUAGCGAGACCGGCUUCACUUAGGUUCAGGUUCACAGGAAUCCUGGUGGGUUAAAAGAGGCCCAAAGUGUUCAUGAAAUCCCACCGCUCAGUACUGUGAGGGUCAGACUCAGAUUGAGACACUGAGAACUGACAACACUGGUUAUAUGCCUUAUUUCUCCUUUGUUUAAGCACGUGUUUGCUUAGAUGCCUCCUCCUAAAAUGAAGUGUAGUCAAAACAAGUUGCGAGUGAAAUUUAAGAUGAUACAUGGUGUCAAGUGCUUGGUGUUUUGUCACUUUGACACUGUGGUUUUAACCCUGCCAUUUUCCAACCAUAACUAUGCUGUUUGUUGUGUUGAACUGCCACAAUGCUUGUAGUGGUAUUAUGGUUAAUCCAAACAGUGUUUUAAAUGUUACACAACCUCUACAAAGUGUUCUAACCCUUUACAAUUGAAAGCAACCAUUACAAGUAAAAGUCCUGCAUUCGUGUUAGAAGGUUACAAGUCCAGAUCUUUAUGCAGAAACCGCCUCCUGUCAUUGAUUAUUAAUAUGUGCUCAUUAUUGGAUUAUUAUAACUGAUGCAUUUAUGUCGAAGCAGCAGUUUCCACAGCAGUUAGUUGAGGUGGAGCUCUUUUUUACCUUGUUGGGUAGUUUAAUCUUAAACAAUGGAUUGUAUUUUAUAAGCUCAUCAUAGGUUUUGUACAUAAUAACUUCUAGGAACUACAGCUGUUAAAUAAAUGUAGCUGAGUAAGAAGUUACUGUUCCUAACUGCACCACUUGGGUGAAAAGAUGUAACACAAAAGCAGCCCUUAUUUAAUACAUUUUUUAUAUAAACAUUGUGUUUAUGUAAUUUUCUCAUGUCAAUAAAUACUGCGAAGUUUGAGAUUUAGCUCCAAUUAUCUGCGGACAACAAUUUCUGCCAAAAAAAGAGAAGAAAUCAGCUGUUUCAAUGAUCAAAUUAGCUCACAUAAUUAAGAUGCAUCAAUAAUAAAAUCCCAGUCUUCUCAAUUUAUUGUCAUUUUUCACUCUGCUAAAAAUUCAAAGAGUAAUACCCCAGACCACUGGCCGUGUUAUAAUGUGGUGUCACAGUUAGUUCAGAAGCAUUUCACCUCCGGUUGUAGCCACAGAUCCUGCAAUAAUUAAAAUCCUCGUUGUGCAUUACUCCCUUGCUGGGAUAGUUGGCUCCUCUGAAGAGCAGUCUGAAAUAGGUCACCCCAGCACCCUGUAGUGCAUCUUAAAAGUACACUGAAUCAAUUAAGUGUGAUCAUGCUCCCUUGAUUAUUUUGGCCCUGUUUUUACCACGGAGAGGAAUUUCAAAUAGGCUCACUAGUUUGAAUAACAAGGUUGGACUGUGGUGACAAAUGGUUCCAGAGUGGGUGUUUCUUCCCCUGUUUUUCUCUGCCAAAUUAACUCCCUGGCUGAUUGCCUGCUUUAGCAUAUGAGAGGAGGUGAGCGGAGGUGUGUACGUAAUUGCCUUGGUUAGCUGAUUAUGUGUUGCAAAAAGGCAAAUGUUAUGAAAUACUGUCGUCACUCUCAUGAAAAGAUGCUCUGACCCCGACGAACCGAAGCUCCUGUGUUUUGCUCGGACUCCUGGUGGUCGUCUUCUGCUGAGGGACGGGCGCAGUGUCGGCGUUCGAGGCCUGACACCUGUGUUCUCUUUAAUACCUCUUCGUAAAUCCAGCUCCCUCUUGUUUUUCCUCAUUAAAUCUGACAACAUCUGGUGCGGGAGAGAGGACUGCUUUAAUGUGGCUAACGUUACUGCUGGUGUUAUUCUUGCCAUUUUUAGCUAUUUGCUUCAUGUGCAGCACUUUCUUUUAAGCUACAUCCAUGGCAGCCCCAAACACUGUUAUCCAAAGUUUUAAACCACCUUUAUGAAAAUCACUCGCGCUGCAGCCUUAACAAAUGAUGAAAAGCUUUUAUUUUCUAAAGAAGGAUACUUACCUUUUCACCUAAUAGUGAUGUCUCACUUCAAAGAGAGAACACGAUUAGGCCAACAUUGUCCUGUUUCUAUAUCCUGUGAGUUCAAAGGGAGAGUUUGAAUACCUGUAUUUCAUGUGCAGCCUUUUCAAAUACUGUUUUAAUGCAGUUUACGUGCUUUUGAUAUCCAGAUGUGUCAGUUUUCCACCACAGUAGAAUAUAUCCCACUAUAUUAUGAUUGCAUACCACCGUUUUUUUUAACCGUUUUUGUUUCCCACCAAUGUGAAGGACAGGGGACGCACAAGACACCUAGAAUAGCCACAAACUCAGCAUUGUGAUGCUCUUUGCUGGCUAAUGAUUGGUGCCAAAGAAAAGCGACAGAACACGAGCGUCACCCAGAUGUCAGAUGUGUGUUGAGGGCCCUGAGCAAAAGAACAUUCCCCAAAGACGGCAUUAAUAAAGAAACUGGUUGAGCCGGGUAGAGACAGAGAGUGUAAGAGGCAAAGAGGAAGAAGGAGAUAAAAGAGUCUGUUGAGUACAUACAUCAAAGGUCUCUUAAUGACAAGGGAUGCCAUUAGGGUUACAGUGGCUUUUGUUUCAGCUUCCUCACACCUGCAGUUUGUUGAGGGUGCUCUAUGCACUGUUUUGUUGUUAACAUUUGCAUGAAUAUAAAAUGCAUGCAUGAGGAGAUAAGAGUUUGUUCCUGGCUGCUAAUCUUGGUGGGGACCAAAUGUUUUUUGGUCAAAAUUACAGCUUCCUUUAUCCAUUUGCAUGAAAGAGAUGUAACCAUUCAGUGGCUUCCCGGUAUAAAGAGGGAGCUAGAACAAUGGAGACAGUAUGGAAAAGCUGUUAUCCUGUACGCCAUGAAAUUUAUUGACUUAAAAGUUUUCUUGGUGCCUCCGGUGCUGGAAUGGGAUUCGACAAAUCAGAGCGUGAAAUUGUGAUUAGCCUCUCUCAGUUUGUAGACGGAGUGGGGCACUAGCAGACUUGGCAUGGCCAAAGGUGUAACCUGUUUUGUUUUUGCCCCGGUGCUGCUUUCCCAGAUGGUGGGACCAGCUGCCAUUGAAUAAACGCUGGACGAGUAACAGUGUGAGAAUUACCACGGCCUUGUUUCGGUUUGGGAUGCGUAACAGAAAGCUUGUCUUUUUGCCACUGCCAGGAGGAGCAGGGACGUAUCACCUGGUGCUCAACCAGACGACCUUUUGAUUAAGGUCAGAGUGAAGAAGAGUCCGGUAUAAAUGUUUUAAAAUCUGUCCAACAGCUCCUAGAUAUUUGUGUAGUUGUCCAUGCAGACCACCCACUGUCAUUUUUACAUCUUUACAUAUCCCCUAAGACCACCUGCUUACAUACUACGUGCACACUCUUAGGUUUUCCUUUUUUUAUUGAUAUUUUUAAGAAAGAUGAGUGGGUUUACACAGUCGUUCACUAACAUAAUGGGUUCUAUCCUACAGAAAGAAAUAUAUAGUCAGUGUUUUCCUGUAUUCUGCACAUUAUAUCAUCAAGUCCAUUUCUCCUGUUUAUUUCAGUCUUUCAUCUUCAAAAGUAUCUUUUCUCUGAUGAACGUUUUUGUUUAAAUAUUUACAAAAUAAAUACAUAUAUACAGUUUGUUUAGUCCAGUACAACAUAUAAUCUUAUUUUACUGCUAAAAGAAAGUUACAGACUUGAACAAAUUAAUGUCAAAAAAUACCUUUUUGCAGAUAUUUUCAGGCCUGUUUUUUGUGUUUUGAAGGAGUUGAGAACAAACAACUUAUUGUGCACAGCUGAAGCAUUCAUUGAUGACUAUAUUUCAGUUUCCCACAAAUAUUGCCUAUAGCUGAAACAAGCAUGCAGCAGCUCUUAUUACCUUGCUCAAGAGCUCUGGAGCUAUAAAACCUGGAAAGAAGUCGCUAAAAUGAAAGUAUAUUUAAACAUUUAAGUAUAUUUAAAAAACGUAAACCGCCUGGUCUUAAAAGCUGACAACGUCUGAAUAUGUGAACUUUUUAUUUUCAUUUUUUUUCCUGGGAGAGCUCUGCAGGCUGUAACCUUGUACAUCAUCACAGAGGGGGAGAGUUUCCCUCCCUCUAGAGCUGGAUUAACGCAUCCAGGGUGGGCUGAGGGAAGGUAAAAUGACCUGUCCCGCCUUAUGUGACCCCAGGCCAACCCUGCACAUUGCCAAGGCUUUGCUCUUUGCUCUUGAAUAUGCAGAGAUCGUCCAGCUUCAUAGGCUUGGAAGAGAGAGGGAGAGAGAGAGAGAAAAAAAAGAGUUGUAUCGCAUUGCAGGGAAAAUUAGUGAGACCAAAGUUGGAGUUUCUGUGUGUUGGGGGCUGCGAACAAUGGCAGCUUUCUGUCAGACAGCAACUUCAAAGGUCGGCUGAGUGACUGCUCUGAGUUAUACUUUGUUGUAGAUCACUGAGGAAAUUCACAGAUGUUUUCUCAUACGAGACACCAUUAUAGCGGCUCAAGUACCCAGUAGCCUCGAGCGUCUCUCCCACUCCCCCACCCCCCAUAUCUCUCUCUCUCUCUCUCUCUCUCUCUCUCUCUCUCUCUCUCUCUCUCUCUCCCACACUGAAACUGACUCUGUCUCUCUCACACACACAUGCACCCUCCCCUCCCUCAACCCCAACCCUCAUCCCCAUCUCUGAUAUCUCUCGUAUGAGACAGAUGUGGAACCUGUUUUCUCUCGAACUGUCCAGAGAAUAUGGAAAGUUAAAAAGGGUUCGUGUUGUGGCGUUGCCCCCUCGCUCUGUCAGAUCCAUAGUUCUGUCUGUCAAUCUGCUCAAAAUGUCAAGAUCGCAUGCAGCUCCACUCUCUCAGAUCCGUUUGUGGUCAGUGCAGUGAGUAAAGUAGAAUCGUUCAAUUAAAGUGAUAUGAAUUGAACACUGAACAGCAAUAGUGAAAAAGUAUUUUGAGUGUGCUCUUCCUCUUGUUCUUCCCUCUCUUCUGCAGAUUGCCUUUUAACUGGACCCGAACCAAAACAAACUCAGCAACAUUUAUUGUACAUUUUUAUUUAUUUAUAGUAAACUGCUGUUUUAUAUGAGUCAAAUAAAUAUGUUUAAACUGCUGA